UCCUGAUAAUACCAGACUAGUCAGUGCAGUGUAUGCAAUAUCAACCAGUCCACUCCUCAAGUCACUGAGGAUAGAAAUGCAACACUGUAUUGAUCUCAGUGAUCCUUCUUUAUCCAAGUAUCUCAGAUUUGCUGUUGCUCCAGUUCACACAGCUAGUCUUCCUUACCAGUUCUCACUAAUUGAAGGAGGGGAGUUUCCAGCAUACCAGAGAUAUGGAUCAAUUGAACGAAGCAAGUUCUGUCAAUUAGCUAUUGUUGGGGAGGAAGAAGAGGAAAAUGGAGGAGGUAGGAAUGAGGAGAGGAAUGGACAGGAAGAUGGAGACUCAGGAGAUGAGGGUAAGGGACAAAGAGAAGGACAAGGAGCAGGAGGACAAGAAGGAGAAUCAGGUGGAGUAGGAAGGAGUGAUGGACAGGAGGAAGAAAAUGGAUUGAAGGAGCCAGUGGAUUGUACUGAAGGCUCUGAUUUAAGUACACCACAAUCUAAAACUAUCGUAUCUACUCAUUCCACUGGCAUACCUGAAGCUACAGUGUAUGCUGGACAAGUAUUUUAUGAACGACCAGAUAAAAUGAGAUUUUCAGCUGUGAGAGAUUUAACUGUGCUACAUCAGUAUAUUAAAAAGGAGUAUUCCAAUGCAGAGUUUGAUCAAAACAUCACUUUUAAACUUCAGUCACCAAAAGGAUGUCUUGAAUUAAUAUUUAAUGAUGAGCAGCAAACAGAACCAACAACUGGAUGGAGAGUUAAACCACAUUUAGUACCUUGUCAAAUUGAAGAACAUGAAAUACUUGGUUUUGGUAACAUUAGUACUACAAUUCCUCCAUCUUGUCUAGUAUCAAUAUAUGCUGAGAAUAGUCCCCAUACUGUACCUAACUUGAGUUAUUCUGUACCAUUGAAAGGUGUACAGAAACCAAAGCAAAUUGUUAUUAAUAAAUCACUAAGAGAUUUAUUAGAUGCAGAUCAUUCUGUUAGUACUAAGGAUAAUCCUAAUCCUGGGUCACAAAAUGACAUCAACAAGCAUCUUAAUGAUCUGAAACGUUUUCUAUCUUCUUCAGAAUUAUCAAUGUUUCGUGACAUAGCUAAUGGUUGUAAGGAUGCAAAAAUUAUUAAUCCUUCUCAGUAUGAUGAGUUAUUUGAUGGGAUGAAUCGACAGUCUUUAUCAGAAAGAGUGGGAGUUUUUUUUCAAAAAAUUACAAAUACAAUCGAAUUUUGUCCAGAUAUAAUUAGUACAUUCUUGUCUAUACUGAGAGAACAGGAUCAUGUAGUUCUUUCUACAUUAGCUGACAGGAUUGCUGCUUCAUUAGAUAGAUAAACAAGAUAAUGAUUGUUGAAGCAAUGACAUAAAUGUUUUCAUUUUUCAUUUGACUUUUAUUUUAUGUCUUGUGUAUGUGUGUGUGUGUGUAGUUUUGCAUUUGUAUUUGCUUUAUUUAUGAAAAAGCAAGGAGAUGCCUCCGUCUAUAAUGUAACAUACUAUGUACAUACAGCACAGACUGCAAUCAACGGCAUUGGGA